GCUGGCAGCCGGCUGCACUCCCGCACGCCCAGGUCCCUGCUGCCGCCCUGCCUCCCUGGACUCCGCAGCUGCUGCUGGUCCCGCGCCCUCAGCCCCCACUCCUGACCCGGGCCAGGGGUCCGCGGGGUCAGCGUCCUACACGCCCCCAGGAGACGCCCUUUUCCUGCGCGCCCCGGACUUGGUGAAACUUUGCGGGCGCCCGCGGGGAAAUGGAUUUAAUCCAAGGCAUCUUGUUCUGGUUCUUGCUCCUGGCUUCCAGUCUCCGACCCGGCUCCCCUUCGCUUGGAGAAGCUCUCCGAAGACCAGGCAAGGUGGGGCCUCCUCUGCACGUCGUGCUGGAUGCAUUGAACUGUACGGCUUUCAGCGUCCGGUGGAAGAUGCCAAGGCAUCCCGGGCACCCCGUCACUGGGUACACGGUCUCUUACUGUGCAGUCGGCACAGACACACCACCGCAGGAGCGGCACCGGAGCGGGUCCCUGGGCCGGGCCACCGCCACCACCGGGCAGUCUGAUCAUCAGGUGCUUUUUGAGGAAGUGAUCGGAGAUUUGAAACCAGGCACCGAAUAUCAAGUGAGUGUAGCAGCUUCCAGCCUGACAGGCAAAGGGUGGCUCAGCUCUCCUCAGCAUGUUACCACCUUGCCCCAAGAGUCCUGCCUGCCUCCAUCAGCACCUCAGCGGCCGCACGUCACUGUGGUUUCUGCGUCUGAGGUGGCCAUAUCUUGGAAACCUGGAGAGAGUGAAGGAAGCUCCCCUAUUCAGUACUAUUCUGUGGAAUUUAUCAGACCAGAUUUCGACAAGAGUUGGACCUUAAUCCAAGAACGGAUCCAGAUGGACUCCAUGGUCAUCAAAGGCCUCAGUCCAGACACCAACUACCAGUUUGCCGUGAGGGCCACGAAUCCCCACGGUUCCAGCCUCCGCAGCCAGCCCAGCACCACCAUCCGGACCCCCGGCCCGGAGGAGGCGGGGAGCGGCCGCUACGGACCCUAUUAUCUAACGGACACGGGGGUCAAUGAGGAUGAUGAAGGAUUGGAAGACGAUUUAGAUUUGGAUAUCUCUUUUGAGGAGGUUAAGCCACUUCCUGCUCUCAAAGGAGGGAAUAAGAAAUUACUGGUGGAAUCCACCAUCGCACCAAGAUCAAACCCAAAGACGGUUUCUAGGCUUGCCCCCCCGACCCUAGCCUCUCUUCCUAUGACUGCGGUGGCCCCCCAGCCCACCCCGGAGACCAGAGAAGGAAAGAAGGGCGUGCCCACGAUGCCCAGGCUCUUCGACUUGCCUUGUGAUGAAACGCUCUGCCCUGCCGGCAGCUUUUGUGCCAAUGACGACACCUGGGGGCACUCCCGGUGCCACUGCAGCCUGGGCAAAGGUGGCGAGAGCUGCUCGGAAGAUAUUGUUAUACAGUAUCCUCAGUUCUUCGGCCACUCUUACGUAACCUUUGAACCUCUGAAGAACUCCCAUCAGGCAUUUCAAAUCACUCUCGAAUUUAGGGCAGAGGCGGAGGACGGCUUGCUGCUCUACUGCGGGGAGGACGAGCACGAGAGAGGCGACUUCAUGUCCCUGGCCAUCAUCCGGCGCUCACUGCAAUUCAGGUUCAACUGCGGCACUGGGGUGGCCAUCAUCGUGAGUGAGACCAAAAUCAAGCUGGGGGCCUGGCACACGGUCACGCUCUACAGAGACGGGCUGAACGGGCUGCUGCAGCUGAACAACGACACGCCGGUGACAGGCCAGUCCCAGGGCCAGUACAGUAAAAUUACCUUCCGGACACCCCUGUAUCUCGGUGGAGCUCCCAGCACUUACUGGUUGGUCCGAGCAACGGGAACACACCGAGGCUUCCAAGGCUGCGUGCAGUCGCUCACGGUGAACGGAGAGAGAAUCGACCUGAGGCCCUGGCCACUGGGGAAAGCCCUCAGCGGGGCCGAUGUGGGCGAGUGCAGCAGCGGCGUCUGCGAUGACACCUCGUGCGUCCACGGUGGCACCUGCUCGGCCGUCAAAGCUGACGCCUACAUUUGCCUCUGUCCCCUCGGAUUUAAAGGUCGGCACUGUGAAGACGCUUUCACCUUGACCAUCCCUCAGUUCAGAGAGUCCCUGAGAUCCUAUGCGGCCACGCCCUGGCCCCUGGAGCCCCGGCAUUACCUUUCCUUCAUGGAGUUCGAGAUCACCUUUCGGCCGGACUCGGGCGACGGCGUCCUCCUGUACAGCUAUGACAUAGGCAGCAAAGACUUCCUGUCCAUCAACAUGGCAGGGGGCCACGUGGAGUUCCGCUUUGACUGUGGCUCUGGGACGGCCAUUCUCAGGAGCGAAGCCCCCCUGGCCCUCGGCCACUGGCACGAGCUGCACGUGUCCCGCACGGCGAGGAGCGGCCUCUUACAGGUGGACAAGCAGAAGGUCGUGGAGGGCAUGGCGGAGGGUGGCUUCACACAGAUUAACUGCAACGCGGACAUUUUCAUCGGCGGCGUCCCCAGUUACGACGAGGUGAAGAGCAAGUCGGGCGUCCUAAAGCCAUUCAGUGGGAGCAUCCAGAAGAUCACCCUGAACGACCGCACCAUCCACGUGAAGCGUGACUUCACCUGGGGCGUGAACGUGGACAAUGCAGCCCACCCCUGCGUGGCCGCGCCCUGUGCCCACGGGGGCAGCUGCCGGCCCCGGAAGGAGGGCUACGACUGCGACUGCCCCUUGGGCUUCGAGGGUCUGCACUGCCAGAAAGAGUGUGGGAACUACUGUCUCAACACCAUCACAGAAGCCAUCGAGAUGCCGCAGUUCAUCGGCCGCAGCUACCUGACCUAUGACAGUCCAGACGUCCUCAAGAGGGUGUCAGGAUCAAGAUCCAACGUGUUCAUGCGGUUUAAGACCAGUGCCAAGGACGGCCUGCUGCUGUGGAGGGGGGACAGCUCCAUGUCCAACAGUGACUUCAUUUCCCUGGGCCUUCGAGAGGGAGCCCUGGUGUUCAGCUAUAACCUGGGCAGUGGUGUGGCAUCCAUCACGGUGAACGGCUCCUUCAAUGAUGGUCGGUGGCACCGGGUCAAGGCUGUUCGGGACGGCCAGUCGGGGAAGAUGACUGUGGAUGACUACGGGGCCAGGACAGGCAAGUCGCCGGGCCUGAUGCGGCAGCUCAACUUCAACGGACCCCUAUAUGUGGGUGGCAUGAACGAGAUCGCUCUGCACACCAACAGGCAGUACACGCGAGGCCUCGUGGGCUGCAUCUCUCACUUCACCCUGUCCACCGACUACCACGUCUCCCUCGUGGAAGACGCCGUGGAUGGGAAAAACAUCAACACUUGUGGAGCCAAGUAACAGCAGCUGGCCUUGCCCAAGGCACAGAGCCUUCUAUCCUGAGACCCCGGGCCCUGAGACCCUGCCCGAGGCUGAAUGCCGUGACAGAGGCAGGGGCCCAGGUGUGUUUCCUCUCAUCAAGGAGGAAGGACGCCCUGAUGAGAAACUGGAACCAAGAUGGGAGUCUCUGUGUGGCCCUUCCUGCCGACCCUGUGGGCCCAACCCAGCGGGAUCCUCGGUGUAGGAAGCAUUGAACCUCGUCCACUGUGCGGUGGCUGCCAGAGAUCACACGUGAAGGCCAGUUCCAGAGCCGUCUGCUGUAGUCAAGGACUGUGUUGUGAUUCAUAGUGCAUUAAACAAAGAAAGGAGAGAGAGAGAGAGAGAGAGAGAGAGAGAGAGAGAGAGAGAGGAGACCCAAAAGGCAGUGUUAAAAUACUUCUCUCCUUCCCUGACUCAUGACACUUACUGACGGCAGAAUGACUGUGUAACCUUGAACCUGGGAUUUCUCACCUUGACCCAUGAAGUGUUAGGAGUGACCCCUUCCUCUCCACACCGGCUGGUUCAAUGUGCUCGGACUGUUCCAUGAAAAUAAGGAUGAGGGGAGACUGGACGCAGAGUCAUAAUCACAAUGCUGGUCCCUAAAGUUGACCUUUAGUGAGAAAUCCUUACUUUUUAUAAUGCUUAUCAAAGAAAAUGGGCACCCCGAUUUUGUAGCUGUCCUUUUGUAUGUGUAUAUUUUUAUAGCCGCAGAUUGUCCCCACAGUAUAAUUUUGCAAGUUUGGGUGGGCAACCCUGAAUUCUUUGCACAGUUCCUAAAAACUUUCUCCCAGAGGAGACUUGUCGGGCCCUCAGUGCAUCCGUGGAGGGGGGUGGGCAGCUUGGGGUAGGCAGGCUCUCGGGAAGCUGACCAUUCUCUGUUGGUAAAUGUUGACGGCUCAAGGAAGUGAAUCUGGAGCUUCCACAAUAAGCAGAUGAAAAGGUACAUGUGUUGCUGAGGGGGAGUCACUGUCAUUUUUGUUUUAAGAGAGGGGGGAUGUCUAUAGUACACAUGAAUA